ACGGUGAAGGGGGAGUGUCAUUAUUGCCCCCGUGGUUCUACUGGCUCUGGUGGAAGGCUACUCGCUCUGAAAGGAGGGAUGCGAGGAGGAGAGGUCAGGCGGAAAAAGAGGAACCCGGUGGAUGUCCGUGGAUAGCAAAACCCCUCAGGCUCCCUGACAGACUGAUAUGUCAUUGGACCAAUGGGGUGUUGAUAAUGCAGGCGCAGAGGUUGGCCAGGUGAGAUGUAAGACCCGCCCACUGUGUGUCCUACUUCACCUGCAGAGGAACAGGAAUCUGUAGAAAAAAAGACCCCAACAAUUUUGCUGAAACAAAUCAACUGAAGUGAUUUUAACAAAAUGGCGGAAAAUUGAACAAAUGGGUACUGGUAGUGAAUGCCACUACAAACCACCUCAGCCUUCCCCUUGAGAGAGGAUUGCAUCUCCUGCUGAUUUCUUGACAUCUGGCAGAUUAUUUUCUUAGAUCUCAUGUAUUUGGUACAUUGCAAUCAACCCCAGGUCUCCUGCUGACUCACCAACCCAUUAGACCAAGAGGACUUCCAGGUCUCCUGCUGACUCACCAACCCAUUAGACCAAGAGGACAUCCAUGUCUCCUGCUGACUCACCAACCCAUUAGACCAAGAGGACAUCCAUGUCUCCUGCUGACUCACCAACCCAUUAGACCAAGAGGACAUCCUGGUCUCCUGUUGACUCACCAACCCAUUAGACCAAGAGGACUUCCAGGUCUCCUGCUGACUCACCAACCCAUUAGACCAAGAGGACAUCCAUGUCUCCUGCUGACUCACCAACCCAUUAGACCAAGAGGACAUCCUGGUCUCCUGUUGACUCACCAACCCAUUAGACCAAGAGGACAUCCAGGUCUCCUGCUGACUCACCAACCCAUUAGACCAAGAGGACAUCCUGGUCUCCUGUUGACUCACCAACCCAUUAGACCAAGAGGACUUCCAGGUCUCCUGCUGACUCACCAAACCAUUAGACCAAGAGGACAUCCAGGUCUCCUGCUGACUCACCAACCCAUUAGACCAAGAGGACAUCCUGGUCUCCUGUUGACUCACCAACCCAUUAGACCAAAGGUCAGAGGUCAACAUCAGAGUUAACUUAGGGUUACAACAUCCGGGCUUACGAGUCCCAGUAAGGGCUAUCUCUUCAAGAGAGUGGGAUUCCAAAUCACCUCUGAAACACAGAAUCCACAGCUCUGAUCCCUCCCUUCUCUGCGCCCGCUGAGAGGAGGUACCUGUCUGUCUCUUCAUUUUCCCGUCUCUGUCUGAGAGGAGGUACCUGUCUGUCUCUGUCUGAGAGGAGGUACCUGUCUGUCUCUGUCUGAGAGGACCCAAGAGCCAGAGUCCCGCCGUUUGUGUUUCUCCCUCCUCUUUCUCUGUCUGAGGAGAACCUGGUCUGUCCCUCCCUCCCUAAGUAGGGGGAACUAUAGGAAGCACCAUGGGGUGUGGUGGCAGCAGGACUGAUGUUCUGGAGCCUAGGUACCUGGAGAGCUGGACCAAGGAAACAGAAUCUACCUGGCUGACCAGUACAGACACAGACAUCCCACUCUCCUCCAUACAGAGUAUGGAUAUCCCUUCUGAGAACUCAUCUGAAAGCUUCGUCUCUGAGAAAACCAUCACACCUGCUGCAGAUUUCUUUGAAGACGGCUUGCCUGCCCCAGCCCAGGCCUAUCUACAGGUGUGCUCUGACAUGUCUGAAGCAGGACUGAACAAUGUAAAGCUGAGUGCCCACCCUGCAAUACUGCCCUCCCACAACCAGGCGCUUCAGCCCUCACCUGUCACAGUACAGAGAAGAAGCGUCCUACGCACUGAGGAAAUAACUAAAUGGCAAGACAACAGGAUGUCCACGAAGCAGGUAACCAUCACAGUGACACAGAGCAUCAGACAUGUGGACAAGAGUGGGAAAAUUAAGGAGAAGUCCCUCACCACCUUUGAGGUCAUGAAGCCUAUGGAGGGCCUGAAGGACGUGGCUGAAGGACGUAGUAGGAACAUUAGGGAAUAACACUGUGAUACACCGAGGUCUGAGGGGGUAACAGGGGACAAAGCUAAUGACAGAGUGUGGUUUGGAAAGACAAUGGCAGAACGUGGUUUGGAAAAUCAAUGACAGAACGUGGUUUGGAAAAUCAAUGACAGAACGUGGUUUGGAAAGACAAUGACAGAACGUGGUUUGGAAAGACAAUGACAGAACGUGGUUUGGAAAGACAAUGGCAGAACGUGGUUUGGAAAGACAAUGGCAGAACGUGGUUUGGAAAAUCAAUGACAGAACGUGGUUUGGAAAGACAAUGGCAGAGCGUGGUUUGGAAAGACAAUGGCAGAACGUGGUUUGGAAAGACAAUGACAGAACGUGGUUUGGAAAGACAAUGGCAGAACGUGGUUUGGAAAGACAAUGGCAGAACGUGGUUUGGAAAGACAAUGGCAGAACGUGGUUUAGAAAGACAAUGGCAGAACGUGGUUUGGAAAGACAAUGGCAGAACGUGGUUUGGAAAGACAAUGGCAGAACGUGGUUUGGAAAGACAAUGGCAGAACGUGGUUUGGAAAGACAAUGGCAGAACGUGGUUUGGAAAGAAUGGCAGAACGUGGUUUGGAAAGACAAUGGCAGAACGUGGUUUGGAAAGACAAUGGCAGAACGUGGUUUGGAAAGACAAUGUCAGAAUGUGGUUUGGUAAGACAAUGGCAGAACGUGG